ACGGGGAUAAAACUUGAAGGGAUCUGACCUCAUGCAUGAGUGCCAGCGCCCUGGGAGAGAGAGCAGUGGAAAGAUUGGAAGCAGUCACCGCGAGAACAGCUCGCCGGGAGCGUUACUGUCUUGGCACUUCCGUUGCCGUGAACGCAUCGAUUGAUGAGCGUCGGACGCCCAUAGGCUGCAGGCUUGCUUCAGUUCACGUGGGUAGAGCUGUUAGACGGUAACUGGCCUCGCCGGCCACACACCCAUUACUCCCCGUCAUUGGAUAUGCACGGCAGCUUCCGUUAAACGUACUGUGUCAGAUCUCCGACCAUCUGUUAACGUCGCCGAGGCCGCCGUGAGUCCGAGCAGACAAGGACAGGACGCGUAGCAGAUCGGUACUGUCCACAGCUGACAGCGGACCAACACGGCUUCCUACAGCUACAACCGUGCGGGUAUCGGAGAGCUAGAGUCGGCAUAGAUGGUCACAGCUAUGUCUGCCAUCGUCUUUGAUCUAGGCUCAGCGGACCUCUGGAACGACGCAUGAAGGAUCUCCCGUAAGCAAGGCACGUCAACUUCGCCGCCUGUAAACCCGGGAAACAAAUCCAGGCUGACUCCAGCUAUCUGAAGAACGAUGGUGAAGUCGUGGUUUACGUGCGCGGCGCUGGUUGUCUUCUUAACUUUUACAACAGAAGUGGUCUGCAACAAGGGCCUGCCGGUGUCCCUGACCAUCCAGGUCACACCUGGUGACACUGUCACGCUGCCUGCAACGUACAACCAACAUGAACACGUCAUCGCGCUGACCUGGAACAAAAUGGACGAACGGAUCGAAGGAACCCGAACUCCGGUGUUCCUGUACUCUGUAUCCAGUAGGAGCUCUCUGUCGCUGGGUCCUCUGAAAGACAGGGCUUUGCUGAACAAGAACGGAUCUCUGACCAUCUUAAACGUCACGGUAAAAGACGAGGGACAGUACGUCAUGACUGUCCUUAUCGACGCUGUCGGACAGCAGGAGCAUUACGUCUAUCUGGACGUCCUUGCACCGCCUCUGGUGACAGUCGGCCUACAGAGUCCCCUUCGCGUGUCCCUCCGCUCCAGCGUCAUCCUCAACUGUACCGUGGAGAAGACCAGCUCCACCGACCCCAGCAUCUUCUGGCUACGGGACGGACAGCCCCUUCCCCCGGCCACUGUCCAGCUGGUCAUCGAUGGCCAGGACGUGUACAGGUCGUCUCUGAUGAUGCAGAGUGUUGGGAAGGCUGACAGCGGGAACUACACGUGUGUGGCACAACAAGGCCGCAGCUGGCAGACAGACAGCCUCAGCUUGGUGGUUGUGUAUCCAGCAGCAAUAGUAAACGUGACAGGCCCUGUAAAAGUGAAAGCAGGAGGCACCGCCUUACUCUGGUGCACUGCUGAUGGAAACCCUACACCGGAAGUUUACUGGCAGAAGGACGGAAGUGACGACAUUCUAGCUGCCGCAAUGUAUCAUGGAACUGCAGGAUCUCUGUUGGUGUUGCCUGAUCUGAACGUGAAAGACAGUGACCAUUACAUCUGCACGGCGUCAAACGCUCUUGGACAACCGGAUAAAAGGAUUGUGCCAGUGAUCGUCAUUGAAGAGAGCUCGCUUGCUACAACGGCAGCCCAGUUGGGGCACGGUGAUGAAACAGAAUGGACGGCCAUCUUGGGAGGGGCAGCAGGUGGGGCGACCAUCCUGCUCAUCAUCCUCCUGGUCGCACUGGUGUUUACAAAGAGGGCGAAGAUAGAGGCGGGGCGCUCCGAUGACCACGUCUUUUCUGUCAGUGAUCCGGUUCCGAAAAGAUUGCAAAACAACUUUAUUGAGAAGGAGAAACUCGGCCUACCCAAGGAUGAGGAGCAGAUACUGUAUGUUCAGGAAACCAGUGGGAAGGCAGUCAUCGCUCGGACAGGAAUACACCAUGCUGAUACAAGACUAAGUCAGACUAAGAUGUGUGACAUUCCUGACGGCAGCGAAGAUCUCAUCCAAGUUCUUCCCUGCUGCGAAACGUUAAAUGAUCACAGUAUUACUUGAAGAACCGCGAAUCAGUUAACAAACAACGUGGAUGGCUGCCAGUCUUGUUGAUGGCAACCUGCAUACCAAGUUUGGGGCCUUGCACAGUAAUUGAGCUGGACCAGCGAAUGCACAAGGUUCUGUCUGCUCAGAAAGUACACGGACAUUUACGUGGCCUGUGUGUCUCGGAAUGAACGUGAGCAGAAAUUGAAAAUGGCGGUGAAAUAUUGGGGAUGAAGAAGAAAGCAAGGAUUCGGGCUUGACCUACAGAGAGCCUGAUAGCAUCGACAUGGGGGAGCUCGAUAUUUCCUACUUUUCACUCCAAUGUCAUGCGGCUCCUGAUAUUGCUCAGAUACAAACAUAUCCCCCUCAGCGAUGGUAUCUCGUCCUACGCUGAAAGCGUUCAUUCCAGUAGGAUCGGGAGAUAUGAUUGAAGAAGACAGCUAGCGGGACAUACCUCAUCAAUUCUGCUUCCGUCUUCCCUGUUAUCGAUGGUCGGUAAGCUGCCGUGUACCAUCGCGAGAUGUGUGCUCUCGCGGGAGACCGCAAGUAACACCGCAGGAUUGUCUCUGUAAGGUUGCUCGGUGAUUAUCGCUGCCAAAUGGCACCACCAGAGGGUUUAAUCAACUGGGAAAUGGUUUUAAUAGAAUUGGAGAUUUGGUGGCUUCAGCUGACUUUGAUCAUGAUGGACAACCAGGAUAACGUUCUCGUCUUUUCAACGACCUUGAUAUUCAUAUCUUUGCAAACACGACAAGAACGGGUGAGACGAAGGAUUGAGAGUAAUGGGAAUGGGGAUUUGUAGAGGACGUGACCAUCUAGGAAGACAUACUUGGUAAUAGAUGGGAAGAGGUGAAGGACCUUAGGAAAAUCCCAAGUCGUUAAUAUUAGCAACGCGGCGUCAACAUCGUAAUUCAGCGUCUGCAAAAAGUUUGAAGCGGUUGGCAUUUAUUUGUCGGGACGCGCGACGUGGACUCGUGAGCAAUUACAGCGGCUUUCAACUUCAAUCAGUCGACUUUCUCUGCCUCUGCAGCCGUCGUGUCUGGAGGAUCAACGUCAGUUUCAACUUCGGGGUCAAGGAUUUUGAAAAAGUCAGGUGAAAUUGGGAAAUUGAUGAUAUGGAAAUGUGUUGCUAACUGAAUUUAGAUUGAACCACGAAGACGACAUAUAAUCCCCCUUCAGAGAAUCUCUGCAUACACAGUGUAAAAGCAAACGUUUUACGGAAAUUUCAUGGUUCGUCACAUCUGACGGUCGGUCUGGCUAGCUAGAGUCGUAUCUCUUCGUGGAUGUACGAUAUGA